AUAUAUCUGAAUAAAAAGUUAUAAAGUGUUUAAUCCUGUUCAUAAUAUUGACGAAAAAAAGAUCGUGAGGCGUUUAUUCUCGUCAUCAAAUAACCAUGAAAAAAAAAUGCAAUUCCAUAUCAGUUUUAAUCAUCUCAAGAGUUGUAUAUACCGUGAUCAUUACCGAUGAAAUUAUUCCUCCCUCUUACGAAAAAAGAAUCAUAAAGAAAUAUAGAUAAAGAAAUAAAACGAAUAAAAAGGAUCGAACACCAUAACCACCUUCACCAACACACACCAAACUCCCCCCUGACGCCUCGCCACGCCCCUCAGGUCGUCUGAUGGCGCGGCAGCAGGUGGCGCUGGAAUGCCUCAGCUACCACGCCACGGCCUCGCAGGAGGACACCGACAAACUCCGGACGGUGGAGAUCCCUUCGGCAGCGGACUUUGAUCUCUAUAACUUUGAUUUCUGCGAUACCUUUUUGACCGACGACGAGACUCUGAAAUGUGCCAUCAGGAUGUUCGUUGACCUCGAUCUGCUCAACACGUUCCACAUCUCGUACGAGGUGAUAUGUCGUUGGCUGUUGAGUGUAAAGAAGAACUACAGGCCUGUGAAAUACCACAACUGGAGACACGCUCUCACCGUCUGCCAGACUAUGUUUGCGAUGCUGAAGACCGGCAAAAUGGAACAAUUCAUGACGGACCUCGAGAUGCUCGGUCUCCUGGUCGCUUGUCUGUGUCAUGACCUCGACCAUCGCGGGACCAACAACAGCUUCCAGACCAAGACCGACAGUCCCCUUGCUAUACUGUACUCGACGUCGACCAUGGAGCACCAUCACUUCGACCAGUGUGUUAUGAUCCUUUCGCAGGAUUCCAAUAAUAUUUUCCAGUCCCUGCCCGGAGAGGAGUACAGGAAGGUGAUGACGGUGGUGGAGAACGCCAUCCUGAGCACCGACAUGGCGAUGUAUUUCAAGAAGAAGGACGACUUCCUUGAGAUGUCUGACAACGGGGAGUUCGACUGGCAGAGCGACGAGAAGAAGCAGCUCCUGUGCGGCAUGAUGAUGACGGCCUGUGACGUGUCGGCCAUCGCGAAGCCCUGGGAGAUCCAGCACAAAACGGCGAAGCUCGUGGCCGAUGAGUUCUUCGAGCAGGGAGACCUUGAGAGACUGAAGCUUAAUGAACAGCCGAUUGCAAUGAUGGACCGGGAGAAAAAAGACGAACUUCCGAAAAUGCAGGUUGGCUUCAUCACGUCCAUCUGUCUGCCGCUGUAUAAGGCGCUCUCCGAGUCCUUCCCGUGGGUGAAGCCCUUGUAUGACGGCUGUGCGAGGAACCAGGAGCAGUGGAAGCGCUUGGCCGAGCAAGUGGACAUGGGACUCACCUGGAUCGACCAUGAGUACAUUGAGAAGCCGGUCGAGAGACAUGAACUGGAAGUCAUUAGCAAGAUUACUCUGAACCCGAAACCGGCGUCUCAAGGCACCCCGCCCCCGCCUCAGAACAAGCCGGAGGGCGGAGGCAAGGGCCGGCUGGGCCUGACGUCGGCGCUGCGAGGGGCGCGGGCACUGAAGGGCGGCGGCAAGAGGCGGUCGGUGGAGAAGCGCCUCGACAGGGUGAUGGACUCCUCGCACGAACAGCGGCCGGCGAGGAUGUCCCCGAAGGACGAGGCGGCGCCGUCCACGCCCCUGUCGGAGGAGCCGUCGCAGCAGGAGGAUUCGGUAGUGAUCACGCGUGGGAAACACCAGGGAAAAGCCUGUAACAAGCUACGCAGCAGGUUGUGUGUGCUUCUGUGACGUCACCAGGCCGUUGGGGAUCGGGACCAGACUUGAUCACGCCGCUGGGGGAGGGGGUGGGGGGAGGAGGAGGAGGAGGAGGAGGAGGAGGAGGAGAG